GCGGCUGUAUCUAGGGAAGAAGAAGAAGCGCACGAGCUGGUUGUCUUGUGCUCACUCGCCGUUCUUCGAACCGACCGCAUCGUUAGAUCGCGCCCACCUACUUCAGGAUGCCCCACGCUGAAACUGCCCGUGGCCGUGCUAAAAGCCGUCGCCACAGACCGCAGCCAACGGCGAAGUCCACCGCCAGCAUCGCCCCACACGGUCGUAACAGCCGACGAAGAAGCAGCCCAAGAAGUCCUGGACGAAGUUCCAAUCCACGAAGUCCCGGACGCAGCCCAAAUCCUGGAAGUCCAAGACGCCGCCCAAGUCCCAGAAGUCCAAGACGCAGCCCGAAGCCACUUCCUUCCAGAAGACUCCGGAGUCGGCAGCCUUCGCCCGCAAGUCCCGUUCCUCGUGCCAGAACAGUACCUGAGAGAAUACCCGAACAGGUAUUCUACAACAGCAGAGCCAUCUACGUACCCUCCACGAUGUUCCAGAGGCUUCCGCGAGAGGGCACGCGAGAGCGACAGGACGCCGUCAACGCCGCGCGGCAGGACAACCCGCUCUUCGGCGACCACAGACGCGGCCUGCUCAGGAAAUCGAGCGCCCUUAUUCUGGCAGUGGCUCUGUUGCUGCUUCUGGGGGUCGCUUGUGUAAUCGUCGUGCACAGAGCUGCAGGGAGAGGCUAUGCUCCUAAAUUGCAAACCGGAUUAUCCGAAGAACCAUUCACGGAAGAGUCUGGAAGACACUUUGAAAAGUAUAAGGACGCACCAUCAAGAGUUCCUGGGCUGGUCAAUCGCGACAUUGAUGUGGAAGCGCCCAGGUCAGGUUCCUUGAGGAAGUCGCCCACUCGAGGUAUCAUCGCGGCGUUCGCCCACAAUCGGACCAGGGAGCGACCGCCGCGCAAUCAGUACGAAUGCACGACGAACAGCUGUUCGAAAGAGGGGGAGAGGCUAGCCAGUCUGAUAGACCCUCUUUUGAACCCCUGCGAAAAUUUCUACGAAUACGUCUGCGCCAACUGGGUGGAAGAGCACCCAAUACCCAAGGGGGGAGAGUACGUUUCUUACCAAUCGCACCUAGUAGAAUACAUCGAGAAGCGACUGGACGACAGCGUACGGAAGCUGCUCAACAAGGUACUGUCUACGCCCAUGGCAUUUAACGUGCUUUCCAGUCAGGUGAAGGCGGUGCUGUUGAGGAACGCUUGCAUGGAAGAGGACAGACUUAACGACCGAGGACUGCAACCUCUGAAGGAAGUUCUCGAACUGCUGCACCUUCCAGUAUGGCCUGCAGCAAAUGUCGAUAUCAAUGCGUCUCAGAUCGAAAACGUUGCCGGAGCUCUGGGAUAUCGGCUGGGCCUUUUUCCCCUCGUUUCUGUUGGGGUUGACAGAGACCCCGAGAAGCCGAACAAAUUUAUGAUAACGCUCGACGACCCUUCGCGGGAACUCAUUCGGAAGAACGAGUUCUUCAGCACGGAACGCGAGUUGCUGACUUACGAAAAUUUGGUUCGUAAAUCCUUCGACAAGUUGGACAAUACCGCGUUAUCCGACAUGCUGGGAUCGGCUGCCCUGGGCUUGGAAGACGAGAUUUCUCAAGCCCUCCUUCCAUUCGUAACGGCAGAAGAAAAGGUACGCCGCUACAGGAAGCUACCCAUAUCAGACUUGCCGCGGUGUGGUAAGUUCCGAUGGCUGCUGUUCCUGAACAGCACGUUCCAGAAGGUUCGGCCUGUGUACCGCGAAGAGGUCGUCCUGGUGAAAAAUAUAGCGUAUCUCGAAAAGUUAGUGUCCAUCCUCGAAGGACGGCAACGACGCACCAUAAUCAACUUCCUCGGCUUUAAAGCCGUACUAAUGUUUUCCCUACUGUCACCGCCUUCCACAGAAGGUGACCUCGCCAAUCUCUACGGCCGUGUGCUCACUGGACUUCUGCAAGACCUUCCUCGAUGGCGUGUCUGCCUUCGUAUGGCCGAAGACGCCAUGCCGUUUGCUUUCUUGGCAAUGUACAACGAUGCCUUCUCGAGAGAACAUAAUGUUCGGCAACUUCGUUCCAUCCUGGACAGCUUGAAAGACCUCCUGGGAAGUUCCAUCGAAGACAUUGAGUGGAUGACCAGUCGGGACGCCUCUAAAGCCCUCGACAAGUUGAAGCGUCUCGACCUUGCUCUGUUCCUUCCUAACUGGAUUACCAGCGAAGAAAAGAGGAACGUCUUUUACGAGUCAGUCCAGGACAUACCCGUCGGCAACCUGCUCAGAAGCUUCAUGAAUGCUAGAAGCACGCAUGUCACGCACCGUUUCCAACGGUUACUGUACAGCUCGGACCAGGUCGGAUGGUUGGGAUCCGUGUUUGACGUGUCGCCGACGUACGACCCACUAAACAACACCGUGUAUGUUCCGAUGGGAGUCUUCGCGGAACCAAUGGGCUUUGAGAGUGUCGAGACGCCGCUACACAUUCCAAGGGUGCUCAGAAGCAUGGCCUACGAACUACUCAGCGUAGUCACAGGUUACGGAUCAUCCUUCAACAACCACAAUGCCAUUCUGAACUGGUGGUCACCUCCAACAAGGGACGGCUACAACAACCACACUGACUGCCUGGCUGAGCAAUACAAGAUCGCCAUCGGAGCCGACCAUUCCGGCAAACGCUACAGUGGACUCGUGGCCGAAGCCAACGUGAGGGACAACGCGGUCAUGCCGUUCCUCUUGCACAUGUAUCAGCGCGUCCUCAAAGAGCGAGGCGUCAAAGGAAACUUUGUACUAGGAAACUUGCCCAAUACCACGGCGUAUCAGCUGUUCUUCGACAGUUACGCGACGAGCUUCUGCGCGAAUACAAACGAAGCGUACGCCAGAAAACAUCUGGCCGCAUCAAGCGAAGCCUUGGCUGUGCAUCGGGUGAAUCUUCCGAUGUGCAACAGCGACGACUUUGGCAGCGCUUUUCGUUGCCUUAAAGGCAGCGUCAUGAAUCCAACGAAGAAGUGCAAGUUUUGGAGGUUUCAGUGACUCGUUUGAGAGCAAUAGCGCAGGAAUAAAAACACUAUUGUUUGCCCGUC